UUUUUAGGGAUUACCAUAAAUCCCCCUAAAUCCAACCAUUACACUUGUUCAUUCAUUCCCAAUAAAUCCCUUCAUCUUGAUUACGAUCUACAAACCCCCUAAAUCCCCCAGUUAGAGUAUCUACCAUGGAUGCUCUAUGCCAACCUAAUCUCGAUCUUAGUAAUUCUUCACCCCUUUCAUCAAUUUACACCAAAACCCCUCAAACACCAACCUCUUCAACUUUUCCCUAUAAGUACCGAUUAUCUUCUUCCAGUUUCAAUGGUUACCAUAGCAAGUGUAAAGUACCAACACCACCUCAAGCUUUACCCAAGGAAAAUUCGAACGAAUCAGUUGAAUCCAAUAAGAAAUUGAUUGAUUCAAUCGCUAAAGGUUUGAUCAGGCUCGCUGCUGCAGUCUCUGUUUGUUUAGAUUCGCCAGCUCUUGCCGAGUCCUUGACAAUAGCAUUCCCAACUUCUCAUACUCAUGAGGUGAAUGCUGUGCAGCAAACUCUCGUAGAGACUUGGGGUUUGAUCAGAGAGACUUUUGUUGAUCCAACUUUUAAUCAUCAAGACUGGGACUCGAAAUUCCAACAAACAAUGGUGGAAAUGCAUCCACUUAGAACAGCUGAUGCCGCAUACAGCAAGAUUAAAGGAAUGCUUUCUACUCUUGGAGAUCGCUUCACUCGCAUUAUCAGUCCAAAGGAAUACCAAUGUUUUAGAAUUGGAAUUGAUGGAAACGUACAAGGAGUUGGACUAUUUGUGAAUCCUGAACCAGAAACCGGUCAUCUGGUUUGUGAUGCUGAGACUUGAACCUGAGACCUCAGUUAUGGAUUCUUAUUUAUUAUUUUAUUUUUAAAAAUUUAAAAUUUUUUGUUUCACGUUUU